CCAGAGAUCUCCGGAGUCGGGGGCAGGAGAGACACGCCUUGAAAGCGCAGCCGGGAGGCUGUGCAUCGCCUUCUGGUGCGGGGGAAAGCGUGUUGUCUGCAGGAUGGUGGGACUGGUUCAGUGAGAGAAGGAUCAACGACACAACCGAGAGGAUUUAGGGGUUUCUGGGGCAGAUACAGAGUUGCCGCUAGAAUCUCUGGGUAGAUUCCAGAAUCUUCUGCUCUUCAGCCCGGUGCAGGGAAACCAUGCCGAGACCCAGGAAGAGGCUGGCUGGGGCUGCUAAGCCAGACAGGAAGGGGCCAGCAGGAAAACGUACCAAGACUAAGAACCCAGGUGAGGCAUCAACUAAAGUGAAGAACUCCAGCCCUCAGACUUCAACUUCUCAAAAUUGUGGGAAGAAUCUAAGCAAAUACUGGCUGAUGAAGUCAGAGCCAGAAAGCCGACUAGAGAAAGGUGUAGAUGUCAAGUUCAGCAUUGAGGACCUCAAAGCGCAGCCCAAGCAGAUAGCAGGUUGGGAUGGCGUUCGCAACUAUCAGCUGGUGGGAAGGAUAGUUCUUAUUUCUUCUGCCCUGGGACAGGCCCGGAACUUCCUUAGAGCCAUGAAGUUGGAGGAAAAAGCCUUCUUCUACCAUAGCAACUGCAAAGAGCCAGGCAUCGCAGGGCUUGUGAAGAUUGUGAAGGAGGCUUACCCAGACCACACACAGUUUGAAAAAAGCAAUCCUUAUUAUGAUCCAUCCAGCAAAGAAGACAACCCUAAAUGGUCCAUGGUGGAUGUACAGUUUGUUCGAAUGAUGAAGCGUUUCAUUCCCCUGGCUGAGCUCAAAACCCAUCACCAAGCUCACAAAGCCACCGGUGGCCCUUUAAAGAAUAUGGCGCUCUUCACUCACCAGAGACUGUCGGUUCAGCCCCUGACCCCAGGAAGAGGAGUUUGAUUUUGUUUUGAGCCUGGAGGAGAAGGAACCGAGUUAACUGAGACACUAGCUGGAAGCGGCAAGACAUCACUCCGAAGAAGUGAAGCUUCUAUUAAGACACAAGGGAGGUGUAAGGAGGCUCGCUGGCUAUAGUCAUCUGGGGUUGUGUACAUAAGGGGGUUUUGUGUACUUUUCUCAAUAAAAGUGUUACCAAGAAAAGUGUGAAGCUUUUCUUUUACAACAGCAUUGGGUGUAGGAGACUGCGCCACUACAGGUCUCCUACCUCCACGCUGGCUCCUUUUGCCCCUUGGCAAGCUGCAGGGCUACCUCUACUGUCUUCCUUUACUAUAGCACAUAUCAGUGUAGGGCUCAGCCUGUUAACACCUACUGAAGAAGACUUUGUCUACACGUCUUCCUUACCUGCCUCUGGAGUCAUAUGGGUCACACGGGCGUUUAAACCAUCAGCAGUUUUCAGGACAAGUUGCUAGAUAAAGGUAAAGCUGGAAUCCUUCCUCAGCCAUGUGCUCGUGU